AGGAGGAGGAGGAGGAGGAGGAGGAGGAGGAGGAGGGUUCGCUCGCCUGCUCCGACGCAGACAUGGUGGACUGAUCCCCGGCGGGGCCGAGAGCAGGGUUUCCUGAGGCGCCCCCCGCGCGUGGCCCCGCCGCGCCCCGCGCCCCGCAGCCCCUCGCCGGCGCCCGCGUCGGGUGCGGCGGUCGGGCCGGGCAUUCGCGUUCCCGCCGCGUCCCGCGCCCGGUCCCUAUGGAGGCGCCGCUCGCCGGCGAGGCCGCCGACCAUGCCUAGGAGGGCCGGGAGCGGGCAGCUGCCGCUACCCCGGGGCUGGGAGGAGGCCAGGGACUACGACGGCAAGGUCUUCUACAUCGACCACAACACCAGGAGGACCAGCUGGAUCGACCCCCGGGACAGGUUAACGAAGCCCUUGUCGUUUGCCGAUUGUGUUGGGGAUGAACUUCCGUGGGGAUGGGAAGCAGGGUUUGACCCACAGAUUGGUGUCUACUACAUCGAUCACGUCAACAAAACCACACAGAUUGAAGAUCCACGGAAACAGUGGAGGGGGGAACAGGAGAAGAUGCUCAAGGACUAUCUCUCGGUGGCCCAGGAUGCUCUCAGGACACAGAAGGAGCUGUACCACGUGAAGGAGCAAAGACUGGCCCUGGCCCUCGAUGAAUAUGUACGACUAAACGACGCCUAUAAGGAGAAGUCAAGUUCUCACACAAGCUUAUUCUCAGGAUCUUCAUCCAGCACUAAGUACGAUCCCGAUAUUUUAAAAGCGGAGAUCUCCACUACGCGAUUAAGGGUUAAAAAGCUGAAGAGAGAACUCUCACAGAUGAAGCAGGAAUUGCUCUAUAAAGAACAAGGCUUUGAGACAUUGCAACAAAUUGAUAAGAAAAUGUCUGGAGGCCAGAGUGGCUAUGAACUCAGUGAAGCCAAAGCCAUUCUAACUGAACUGAAAUCUAUCAGAAAGGCUAUCAGCUCAGGAGAAAAAGAAAAACAAGAUCUGAUGCAGAGUCUCGCUAAGCUGCGGGAGCGGUUCCAUCUGGACCGGAGCACGGGCACAUCCGAGCCAGAUUUGAGGUCCAGUCCUGUGAACUCCCAUUUAUCUCUCUCCAGACAGACCCUUGACGCCGGGUCACAAACCAGCAUUUCCGGAGAUAUCGGAGUGAGAAGUAGAUCAAAUUUAGCUGAAAAGGUCAGGCUGAGCCUACAGUAUGAAGAAGCCAAAAGAAGUAUGGCCAACUUGAAAAUUGAACUGUCAAAACUGGACAGUGAGACCUGGCCCGGGGCGCUGGACGUCGAGAAGGAGAAGCUGAUGCUGAUUAACGAGAAAGAAGAGCUUUUGAAGGAGCUGCAGUUUGUCACGCCACAAAAACGCACCCAAGAUGAACUGGAGCACCUGGAGGCCGCCAGGCAGCGGCUGGAGGAGGAGCUGUUGUCCGUGAGGGGUCCGCCGAGCCGGGCGCUGACCGAGAGAUUGCAUUUGGAAGAGCGAAGGAAAGAGCUGCUACAGAAACUUGAGGAAACUACUAAAUUAACUACUUAUUUGCACUCCCAACUGAAAAGCCUCUCUGCCAGCACCCUGUCCGUGUCGUCCGGGAGCAGCUUGGGCUCCCUGGCCUCCAGCCGGGGAUCUCUGAACACCUCCAGCAGAGGGUCGCUCAGCUCCCUCAGUUCCGGAGAGCUCUAUUACACCGGCCAGAGCGACCAGGUAGACGCGGAUUAUCAGUGUAAACUGGACCUCCUUCUGCAGGAGAAAGGCGGCUACAUUCCUUCUGGACCCAUCACCACCAUCCACGAAAACGAGGUGGUCAAGUCCCCCAGCCAGCCUGGCCAGAGCGGCCCCUGUGGGGCGGCAGCCACAGCCACAGGCCACACUCCCCCACGGACUGAGGCCCCCAAGUCUGUGACGUCCCUGUCCUCACGGUCCUCCCUCUCCUCCUUGUCCCCUCCCGGCUCCCCCCUGGUUCUGGAAGGCACGUUCCCCAUGUCUUCCCACGAUGUCCCUCUCCAUCGGUUCACUGCUGACUUUGAAGACUGUGAAUUGAGUAGCCAUUUUGCAGACAUUGGCCUCGGUGACAAUCAGAUCUUGCUGGACUCGAACUCAGGAGGAGCGUCCCAGUCUCUCGCAGAGGAUAAAGACCUCAGCGAAUGCUCCCGGGAGCCGUUGUAUGAAGGAACUGCAGAUGUGGAAAAAUCAUUACCAAAAAGAAGAGUGAUCCACUUGCUUGGGGAGAAAAGUGCUUGCGUGUCAGCUGCUGUGUCCGAUGAGUCUGUGGCUGGAGACAGCGGGGUCUACGAAGCUUUUGUGAAACAGCCUAGUGAAGUUGAAGAUGUUCUGUACAGUGAAGGGGAUGUCACCAUCGUGGAGACUGCCCAGGUGCAGAUCGGACUCAGAUAUGAUGCCAGAAGGUCAAGUUUCAUGGUGAUUUUAGCACAGCUCCGAAAUCUCCAUGCCUUCCUGAUACCUCACACUUCAAAAGUGUAUUUCAGGGUUGCUCUGCUUCCCUGCUCAACUGACGUCAGCUGUCUGUUUCGAACGAAAGUCCAUCUAGCCACAGAAUCCAUUCUGUUCAACGACAUGUUCCGAGUGGCCAUCUCCCAAACAGCCUUACAGCGGAAGACGCUGAGAGUGGAUCUCUGCUCUGUCAGUAAACACCAAAGUGAACAAUGCCUGGCUGGAACUCAGAUCAGUUUGGCCGACUUACCGUUUUCCAAUGAGAUUUUCACUCUGUGGUAUAACUUGCUGCCUUCUAAACAAAUGUCUCGCAAAAAGAAUGGCGAAGAAAAUGAGGAUUCCGUAUUUCGACCAGACCAGCCGUUAAUCGAGCCUAUAGACUUGGAUGCCGUGUCAGCCCUCCUUGCAAGAACAUCAGCUGAGCUGUUGGCUGUGGAACAAGAAUUAGCACAGGAGGAGGAGGAAGAAGAAGAGCCAGGGCAGGAAGAAGAGGAAAGGGGUCCAGAUGGAGACUGGUUGACAAUGCUGCGGGAGGCCUCUGAUGAAAUCGCGUCUGAAGAAGAGGCGGACGUGAAGUUGCCCGAGGGCGGUCGCCGUGCAGGAGACCUGUGCUCGCGCCCCCGCGUGCCCGAGGCGGAGGAGGUCGUGGGCAGGAGAGAGGACGGCGGUGCUGAAGAGCGCGGCAGCCGGCCGCCCGGCGGGCCGUCCACCCUGGUUGAUAAAGAGACAAACACGGAUGAGGCCGGCGACACCAGUGUGGCAGUUCGCCCCAAAGACCGCAGCGGCCUGAGCACUCGGCAGCGCCCCUUUGUCCGCAGCAGCGUGAUCGUGCGCUCACAGACCUUCUCCCCGGGGGAGCGGAACCAGUACAUCUGCAGGUUGAAUCGAAGUGACAGUGACAGCUCAACCCUGGCUAAAAAAUCACUGUUUGUGAGAAACUCCACGGAACGGCGCAGUUUGAGGGUCAAAAGGACGGUGUGCCAGCCCGUCCUGAGAAGAACGGCGCAGGAACGGCCGGUGCGCACAUCCCUGGACCUAGAACUGGACCUUCAGGCGUCUCUCACCCGGCAGAGCCGCCUCAACGACGAGCUGCAGGCCCUGAGGGGCCUGAGGCAGAAGCUGGAGGCGCUGAAAGCUCAGGGGGAGACUGACCUUCCACCGGGCGUGCUGGAGGACGAGCGCUUCCAGAAGCUCCUGAAACAAGCUGAGAAACAGGCCGAACAGUCCAAAGAAGAGCAGAAGCAGGACUUGAACGCGGAGAAAUUGAUGCGGCAAGUGUCCAAGGACGUGUGCCGGCUGCGCGAACAGAGCCGGAAGGUGCCGCGCCAGGUGCAGUCCUUCAGGGAGAAGAUUGCCUACUUCACCAGAGCGAAGAUAAGCAUCCCGUCCCUGCCAGCCGAUGAUGUGUGAUCACAUCCCUGAAGACAUUACGUUGUCUCCUGUUCAUUCUUAGGGAGGGUACAAGACUGAACGUUUGUUUUGCUUCGGGGGGUUCUUUUUGUAACGUAACUAUCAACUCUUAAAGAGCUUUUAUUUCACAGCAGAUUUUCAACAUGUUAAUUUGUAAAGUA